AUGGAGAAGGAUGAUUCACCAUCACCGGCACCCCGGGUUCUAUUCAAUCAGACUGACGACGCGCUCCAUAGCGGAUUUCAACAACUUAUUCAACAUAAUGCGACACAGCAUCAGCCAACUGAAAUAGGUAGUCAAGUGGGAUCGAACUCGCACUCGAGAUAUUCAAGCCCAGGCCCACAAACACAUAUGCUGAACACAUACGAUCAUCCAUCUUCAUACACAGCUCCUCCAUACGCAGGAGGAUAUCAAACAGGAUACCCUAUAGAACAAAGCCCCUACCCUGAACUUCCCGACGUAAACUCCUCAACGAACUCUCACAAUACAUAUAGCACCCCAGGCACAUCACCGCCGACACCCAUUCAAGCCGAAGGAAUAACAACCCGCAGCGGGCGCGCGAUAAUGAGACCAUCAACAGCGACUACAUUGACUCGGCCGGCCCGGGUCGAGAGGAGGGCGCCGAGGCCAAAGAAGAGAAAGAGGGCUGGAGGUGACGGAUAUGCCGAACAAUCCUCCAUUGCGCUCGGAAAUCCGCUCAGUGAGCUCGUGAAGAACAUAACGAAUAUAACUGACACGGACAUCGAUGCGUACGUGAAUCGGUCACCUGAGGAGCGCCGACGCGAGGUAGCGGCGUCGAAAACGGGGAAGGUAAAGCGGCCAAUGAAUGCGUUCAUGCUAUACCGCAAGGCCUACCAGAAUCGGACCAAAGAGUGGAAGAGGCUGGAUGAUAUCAGGAGGAAAGAGGAGAGGGCCAGUGGAGGGAAGCCGGAGAAGGGCCACGACAACCACCAGGUCAUUUCGCAGGUUUGCGGCCUCAGCUGGAACAUGGAACACCAGGAUCUGCGUGACCAGUAUGACCAGUGGGCCAAGAUAGAGCGCAACAACCACAAGCUUGCGUUCCCUGAUUAUAAAUUUGCCCCUGCCAAAUCCAAGGCAAAGAAGCCCGCUCCUGAUGGUCGCCAUGGGGGUCGUGAUUCAGACGAUGACAAUGCGUCGAAUCUCGAUGCAUACGAAUGGGGACAGUUUAGUAGUGGGCCGCCUUCUAGAAACCACUCGCGUGCGGCUCGGUAUUUGGAUCACAUAGACCCGGACGGUGAGUAUCUACCACCGGGGUAUACAGGAUAUUCAGGGUCUGUGUACACAUCGCCGUCACCUGGUAUGCAAGCAGCACGUCUACCGCCGGGAUAUGUAUCACACCAUCACCAGCCACAUCCAUCGUCUUUCCAAUUUUCUAACCCUGGAAAGCAGCGACCCGCAGAUUACGGUUCGAGGCUGGGGCCGGGGCAAUAUUAUCAACAGAACACUGAGUUCACUCAACAGGCGUUUCCCCAGCCAUAUGGCGGUGGUCCGGUUUACGGGAUACACCACCAGGGAAUCCCAGCAUUCGUUGAGAAUGUCUUUAUCAAUAAGACAAACUCGCCGGCACCGUCAUUCCACAAUUCGCCCGUCCUCGAUCAUCGUAAUCAGUACAAUGAACUCAUAGGAGCGUCGAGUUCGUAUGGCCCACCUAUCUCGCAUCCACAUCCACAUGCGGCAAUACCGCCUCACUUGCACGUCCAACAUCUAGCACGCCACGCAGUUGAGCAUCAAAUAGACCCUUCGCUCAUGGCAGUGCAUCAAAGUGGGAGCGUGGGAGGUGCUGCGCAUAAUACUUCGUUUGACGGCCUAGAGAUUCUAGGUUUGGGUCAAAGCGGUGAGUUUGGCGCAGAAAGUCUAUCAUCAUAUCAGCUGGACCAGGCAAGCACACUCGCAAGAAGCCACACUGGAUCGCCACAUCCGCAGCAAUUCGAGCAGGCGUUUCAUACGCCUAACGAUACUAGUACCGCCACUCCGGGAGCGGAAAGCGGUGGAGGCAACGAUCCGACAGGAGACGCGAAGAUGAGCCCCUCAGAUUGGGAGACGACACUUGGCGGGUCUGCUGAUUUUCAGCUUGAAGACAUCGAUCACCUCCUCGGGACAACAGCGGAAUAA